AUGCAACAAAAACUGGUUGAACCAGUAACAAAACAAGAACAUCUCAGUGAUGAGGAACGCGCCAAUCUUAAGCAAGAAUUUCAACUCGUAUACAACGACUUCAUCGAUAACCGCAAAAAAUUGAUUUUUGAACUGGAGAAGAUUGCUGAUAAGGCGGUUGGCGUGUCAAAAGGAUGUGCCAUAUCAAAGCUGGCCGGAAGUUCGGUCGGGCUUGGCGGAGGGGCGACCGCAUUGGCUGGACUUGUCGCCUUUCCACCGAUUGUAGUUUUUGGUGGCAUUGCGGCUGGAAUGGCGGCGGUAUGGAAUAUCGGAACACAAGUUGCUGAAUAUAAGCUAACUCCAACGGAGUUGGGCGAUGAAGUAAAACAGUUAUGUGAAAGAGAUGCUAAACUCGUUGCACCUGAGGUCAAACUCGCAAGCGCCGUAGGUCGAGGAGCGAGCGAAAUGUUCCAUCUUUUCUCUAUUCAUCCGAUACAACGUUUUCAGAUUGGUUCUGGUGCAGAGUUUGCGGCCAUUGCGGGAAGACGAGCUGCGUCUAAAAUGAUUCGCUCUGGUCAACGUAUCGCAACUGCUGAGAAAGGAGCAGCUGAGAUGGCUGGCCCAGGAAUUGAAAUUGCUUCAGCAGUGGAAGAAGGAGCAGCUGGUGUGAUAGCCGCUGAGGUUGCUGGUGCAGACGCUGCUGUGGUUGCUGGUGCUGGGACUACUGACUUGGUUGGUGCUGCUGGAGGCGAAAUUGCAACUGCUGCUGGAGUAGGAUCGGCCGAAAUGGUAGGAUUAGGUGGUCAAGUGCUGCAAGGUGUUGCCCAAGGAGCUAUUGUACUUGGUGUAGCCAUGGAUAUCGCCACAAUUAUUUCCUCGGCACGAUUACUAGCGAACGAAUCACGAACGAAGUUUAGCGAUGCCUUAAGAGAGGAAGUAAAGCGACGAAAGGCUGAACUCGAUUCCAUCCGUCAAAAAGCCAUUCAAUGUGGACUUAUUGAAGCACCCAAACCCGUACCUUUACAUCUAAUGGAACCAGCUAAAGGACUGGAUUAA